AUGAGCGCCCACGUUGUGGUGAUCGACGCGACGGCCAGGCGGGCAACUGUCAAGACAACCCCAGGCAAACACUUGACCGAUGUUUUGGAAGAAGCAUGCUCAAAGCUUGGUUACAAUUCCAGUCAAUAUGGUCUCAAACACAACGGCAAACAACUGGACCUCUCCCUCUCCUUCCGUCUCUCUGGCCUCAGUUCUGGAGCAAAGCUCGAGCUUGUACAGCUAUCCCGCUCUCCCUCAGUUGUCACAGUCGCUCUUCAACUUCCUGAGUCUGAAGCCCGCGGGGCUCAAAACGGACGCAUACUAGACAAGUUCCCCAGUACGACAACACUUUGGCUGGUCUUGCGCAAAUUUGAGGCUGGAGUAGCAGGAACUGGACCUGUUCGGAACCUCACCGCACGCGGGGUCCCUGCUACUACUGGUGACUCUGGUGCAGGGCGGCUCUUCUACGAGAUUCCGGUCCUUCAAAUCCUGGAGCGCGAGCUGUCAAGCUUCACGGACCUGCAGAAAUCCCUGGCCCAGCUGGGGUUCAAUAGUGGCAACGUGCUUAUCCGACUCAGCUUCCGGCGGACAGAGGAGCCACUCGAUAUAGCGAUGACAAAGAUUGGUGAAUACUUCAAGUCGGCCGAGGACGAACUGCCAGCAGCGCACCCAAAUCGGGCCUCCACAGCUUCUACCGCAGAGGAAACGACCAGUGCGCCUGACGAACAGGCGGCUGCCUCUAAACAAUCAGAGGUUCCGGGUGAACAGGCUGUUUCCGCAGCUACUGGACAGGAAAACUCGCUUCCAGGAUCUGCUCCCGAGCAACCUGCGUCAACAUCAACCUCCGGCCGGCCUAUCACGGUCUUCUCUCCACCGACAAAUGAUACCCCAUCCUCCGCGCAAUUAUCUUAUAAUGAAGAAGAUUAUGUUCCUUCUGUUGAGCACGCAAAAGCUCAUCAGCGGCUUCUUAACCAGUCCUCGCGCAACAAACGCCUCCCAACAGAUGCUGAAAUCGCUGCGAAGGUAGCCGCAGAGAAGAAGCGACUCUCUGAGAUCCGUGAAGUAGACGUGAAGGUCCGCUUUCCAGAUCAGAGCCAGGUGGUAGCCAAAUUUGGGCCGAUGGACUCUGGGUUGUCACUUUAUCGAUUCGUGCGGAGCUGUCUUGCACCGCCAUUCGCGGCAGAGCAGUUCACUUUAAAUGUCUUCUCCAACCCGACGACUGCUCGAACUGCGCAUGCAAAUGCUAUCCCUGAGUCGGAUCAGUCGCUGUUAAUCAAAGACCUUGGCUUAGCUGGCCGAGUAUUGGUCAAUUUCUCCUGGGCUGGUGCCUCCGUAGGCAGCCAGCACCGAGCAGACAUUUUACACCCAGGGCUGCGCAGCCAGGCGCAAGAGCUCAAGGUCGAACAGCCCCGAGAGUCCGUGCAGGAGCCUUCUGCUUCUACUUCAGCAGAGGCAGGGCCCAGUGGUGACCGCGAGGGAGGCAAGCCUGGCGGAGCUCGAAAGAGUGGCGCUAUGCCCAAAUGGCUGAAGCUGCCGGGGAAGAAAUGA